UUCCGUCUUCUUCCUCGUUAUGCCUAAUAGGUAAUUUUAUUUCCUUUGGUGGGAAUCUCUUCUCUUCCCUUUUAUUUCGAUCCUGAAACCUGAAAAGAUCGAGACUUGGAGAUGGAUAUUGCGAUUUAGGGUUCGUGCCUUCCGAUUCUAAUGAGGUGGCGGCGCGAUGUCGGAGGGCACCAUCGCGGUUGAGGUCAGCGGGCUGCCUCAGGCGAGAGCCGCGAUGACGGCGCGGGUGCGACGGCAGGCGUGGUUCGUGACCGCGUGCGGUUGCGUCCUCCUCUGGACGUGCCUGAUCCAGCUCCUUGCCUACGGGCGUCUCUGGCAGAGUUGGAAUCCCGCGCGGUUUUUCCUUGUCCUCAGGGACGACGUCGCCGGUGUUGGAUCGAGUUCAGCUCCUCCGCCGCUCACACCUCCAUCACCAGGGCUACAGUCGAGAAAUUAUACAAGCAACGGCUAUCUAAAACUAUCAUGCAAUGGCGGCUUGAACCAAAUGCGUGCAGCGAUAUGUGACAUGGUGAUGGUGGCUCGCUUACUGAACCUAACACUAGUGGUCCCGGAACUGGACAAGAAUUCAUUUUGGGCUGACCCAAGUAAUUUUGAUGAUAUCUUUGAUGUGAGGUAUUUCAUCAAAUCACUGAAAGACGAAGUGCGAAUAAUUAAAAAGCUGCCAAAUAGCAUAAAUAGAAAUGUUUCAAGCCAGUUUUUUAUGAUGCGCCCAGUGAGUUGGUCAGAUGAGAAAUACUACAUACAACAGAUUUUGCCACUGUUCAACAAGUUUAAUGUGAUUCAUUUUAAUAAAACGGAUGCACGAUUAGCAAACAAUCUUGCUUUUGAGCUCCAGAAGCUUAGAUGCCGUGUAAACUAUCAUGCGCUGAAAUUUUCUCCUCAGAUCAUGACAUUGGGAAACAAGUUGGUUCAGAUUCUUCGAGGGAAGGGAUCCUUUGUUACCUUACAUUUGAGAUAUGAAAUGGACAUGCUGGCCUUUUCUGGUUGCACUCGUGAUUGUUCUGAGAAAGAAGCUGAAGAGCUUAAAAGAUUAAGGUAUGCCUAUCCUUGGUGGCGAGAAAAAGAGAUAAAUUCCACAGCCAAGAGACUGCAAGGCUUGUGCCCACUUACACCUGAGGAAACCACCCUUAUUCUCAAAGCAUUGGGCUUUGACAAAGACACUGUAAUAUACAUCGCCUCUGGUGAGAUUUACGGUGGGGAAAAGAGGCUAUCAGUUUUGCGUGCAGAAUUUCCCAAUCUCGUUAAAAAGGAGAUGUUGCUUAAUUCAAAAGAUCUGCAGCAGUUCCAAAAUCACUCAUCCAAAAUGGCUGCACUUGAUUAUAUGGUUUCGUUGGCGAGCGACACUUUCAUCCCAACAUAUGAUGGAAAUAUGGCCAAAGUUGUUGAGGGGCAUCGAAGGUACCUUGGGUUUCAGAAAACUAUCUUGCUGGACCGCAGAAAAUUGGUUAAGCUUCUUGAUAUGCAUAACAACAAAACACUUCCAUGGGAUGAGUUUGCAUCUUCAGUGAAACAAGUUGUUAAUGGGAGUCUUGGACAGCCAAUCUGUCGAAAAGUUCUCAUCAACAAACCUAAAGAGGAAGAUUACUUCUAUGCUAACCCGCACGAAUGCCUAACCAAUGCAAAGGAGUGCCUUAAUGUACCUUACCAGUCAAACUCUUCGAGAUGAAAACAGAUACCCUGCGACUUAUUAGCCUUCUCUUAAAGAAAAGUUUAGCCAUUCCCUUCAUGCCUUUGUAGGCCUUUAUAGGCCUACCAUAGAUGUUCUGUUGUUAUUGUUUCUUUGUUUAAUAGCCUUUGUUCUUUUGUUCAUUAGUUAAUUUGUACUGCCACAUUCUUUCUUGUUACACUGUAAGCUACUUGGUUAUUUAAAAAUUAAGGUUAUUGAGUGUUUUAAAUUUAUUCUCA